CCCUCACUUCUAACUCGCCUCUGGUGCAACCACGUGCUUCACCUGCUUCACCUGCUUCACCUGCAGCCCCGCGAGUCAGACUCUGGUCUCCUGCCACUCAACAGCUUCUCUAAACAUGUCGGACGAAGGUAAAUUGUUUAUCGGAGGACUGAGCUUCGACACCGACGAGGAAUCUCUGACUGCAGCCUUCAGCAAAUAUGGCUCCAUCGAGAAGGUCGACGUGAUCCGAGACAAAGAGACGGGGAACUCCCGCGGGUUCGGCUUUGUGAAAUAUGACAAUGCCGAAGAUGCUAAAGAUGCUAUGGAUGCCAUGAACGGCACAAGUCUUGAUGGCCGGCCAAUCCGUGUAGAUGAAGCGGGAAAGGGCGGACGAAGCCGGGGCGGUUUUGGGUCAGGCCCAAGAGGACAACGAGGUGGCGGAUUCGGCGGGCGCGGGAGAGGCGACGGAUAUGGCGGAGACCGCAGCUACGGUGAGAGAAGCUACGGUGAGAGAAGCUACGGCGGCGAAGGACGGUCUGGCGGCGGCCAGGACCGAAGCGGCGGCGGCGGAGGAUACUCCGGCUACAGAGACAACAGGGGUCCGGGUGGCUACAGUGACCGCUCUGCCUCCUAUCGCGACCAAUACGAGUAAAAGUCUCCCUGAUUGAAGAUGUUUGGCUGGCUGUAUUUCAAAGAUGGCGCCUCAAGAAAAAUGUCCACGUGUUUUUGCUGAUCUUAGUUUUGUGGUUCUGUUGUAGUAGCUCGAGCAUCUAACAUUUUAAAGUUCAAGACUCUUUACCUUGCUUGAUUGGACAUUUAUUCAUUAAAUGUCGUUUGUUAACUCAAAUGCUUUGUGUAAUCUGAUUAGUUGAACAAUGGCUCGCCACGUGGCUUUUCAUUGAACAGCCAUUAGCGUCGCGUAGACCUUUUGUCCACCACGUAAAGUGUUUCCUGAUUUUGAUUCCUUAUUUAGUUUCUUUUUGUAUAUUGAAAUAUCCGAUGGGGCUUGUUGUUUUACUUAUUUCCCCUCAGUCGCUGUGGCCGGAUACCUACUGCCAGGUUUUAAACUGAGUGAGGAAAGAAAUCCAAUUACACUUAAACAGACUUUUGGGGGAAUUUCUGCUAAAUUCCUUUUACUAUUCAAAGCUUUGUCAGACUGCUACACAUCCGAAGUGACCGGCGGUUCAUGGUGUCUGCUCUGCUCAACAUUUGAAUGUGCUGUAAAAUGGACUAAUCUUAAGUGAUCGAAGGCUUUAACUUCAUUUCCCCAAAGUAAUAUCUCACCCGGGAUCGGUUUUGUACUUUAUGUUCUUUGUAUGAUCAGCCUUUUCAUAUUUCUUUUGUCAAUUCGGCUUCAUGGAGCCCAUUAAACAGACUGUGGGAAAAAUAAAGAUGCUCUAUACUGAAACUUUAAAAAAA